CUGCUGCUGGCAGACCCCCUGCAGUUCUGGCGGGUCGAGGUGGCCGUGAGUGACAUCAAUGACCAUUCGACCGACUUCCCCAAGGAACACAUAAGUUUUAAGAUACUGGGGAAGAGCGACUCGGGCUCAUGUUUCCUGCUGGAGGGACCUCAGGACCUGGAUGUUGGCAGCAACAGUGACCAGGCUUACAGCAUCGCUCCCAAGAAUGAGUACUUUAUCAUCUUUGGGAAUCAGAAUGAGGAUAAUAAAUAUGUGGAACUGGUCUUGGAGAAACUGCUAAACAGAGAUGUGGAGGCCACCCAUUGGGGUGUGGGAGCACAUGGGGACAUCUCCUAUCAGUUCAGCCAAGGGGUGGGCCAGAGCCAUUCUGCCUUUGGGAUUGACCCCACGAGUGGUGAAAUUAAACUUGCAAAGGCUCUGUGCUUCGAGGUAUUGGAGAAUAAUGAGCUCAGCGUGCAGGCCACAGAUGGUGGGGGCCUCUUGGCAGUCUGCAAGGUCUUGGUGGAGGAAGUGGAUGUGAACGAUAACACCCCAGAGGUGGUGGUCAGCUCCUUCAGCAGCCCGCUCCCCAAGAACACUUUACCUGCGACAGUGGUUGCCCUCUUUGCGGUCAAGGACCAAGAUGGAGGUUACAAUGGGAAGAUCUGUGACCUUGAAGACCAGCUGUCCUUCUGCCUGUGGCUAGAAAAUAAGAAUUACUAUGAACUAGUGACUGUGAGCACGCUGGACCCGAAGGAGACAGCUCGGUACAUCGUCAUUGUCACAGCAGCAGAUACGUUCAGAGUGGACAUUUCUGAUGUCAAUGACAACGCACCUGUCUUCAACCAGACAUCAUACACCAUCUACGUGCAUGAGAACAAGGUCCCCCUGGUGCUCAUUGUGCCAAACAUCACCAUCCGUGUGGUUGAGGUGGACGAUAACAACAAUGCACCAGUGGUGCUGUACCCAGCCCAGGACAGCAGCCCACAGUCCAGCAAGCUGGUGCCCAUGUUGGCAGGCUACCUUGUCACCAAAGUGGUGGCCGUUGAUGGCCACUUGUUUCAGAACUUGUGGCUCUUGUACCACAUGCUGAAGACGAGCGACCCCAGGCUGUUUGCGGUGGGUGCCCAAAGCGGGGAGGUGCAGCUGCAGAGGUCCGUCACAGAGAGAGAUGUUGUAAGACAGAAGCUCAUCAUCCUGGUGCGAGACAAUGGGCAGCCACCACUGACGGCCACCGCGGCACUGAGCACGCUCCUGCUCCAUCACUUCUCAGAUGUGCACCUACUGCAAAACAGCCUGGCCAUGAAAGAGUAG